ACCCUUCACAUAUUACACACUAAUUGAUACUGACUCAGUGCGACUCAAGGAUUUCAUACUGAGGUGGUGGGUGUAUGCGUCGUCCACACGUCAAGAGACCGAUGAAUGCAUUCAUGGUGUUCGCGCAAGCGAUGCGCCGCCGUUUAUCGGCCGAACGACCCUCCCUGCACAACGCCGAACUCAGCAAAUCAUUAGGAUCCAUGUGGAAAAAUUUAAGCGACGAGGAGAAGCUGCCUUUCAUUAAAGAAGCAGAUAAGUUACGAACGCAACAUAAAAAACAGCACCCGGAUUACAAAUACCAGCCUCGACGUCGGAAGCCGCCGCUAGCUUCAGCUUCAACCCCGAGAGUCAAACGGGAAUCAUCUCCUGAUCGAAACCACAUAGAUUUCUCGGGCAUGCCGGAAAUAUCCGCUGCUUUACUAAUGGACGGCCCACCGGACGGUACCGAAUUAGACCAGUACCUCGAGCCCAGACCGGUGCCAAAUUACCACGAGCUACAACCUCGAUACGGAACGCAUACACUAACGCACCACGUACCGCCACCUCUAUACGGUCCGGUACCGUCCCAUCUCCACCCGCCCUGUAUUGAUUGCCCACAUUACGUUGAUCACCCCUAAGCCUUUUAGUAAAUUCAAUCAUCGGAACUCGAUCAGUAAACGGUGAUAAUAUCCGCGAAUAUUGUGGGCUGAUAAACUAUAUCAAGCCCGUCCAAGACUUUUUGUUAAGUUGUAAAAUAGGUCACGUAAGCUGUAUAUAAUAUAAGUAGAUCUAUUUCGCCAUACGGUUCCUUCGCGCGCACGUGCGUUUAAUCUAGUACUAAAUAAACAUACGGGACUUGCAAUGAAUUAUCAUUUCGAGUGUAAUAAUAAUACGAAGUUUUUGUGCGAUUCGUGACUUCUAAACGACGCUACAAAUAUUUUGAAUCAACAUUACGCUUGGCACUGAGGAAUUACUUAUUACUGGUGGUAGGACCACUUGUGAGUCCGCGCGGAUAGGUACCACCGCCCUGCCUAUUUCUGCCGUGAAGCAGUAAUGCG